GGGGUGUGGCGACUCUCGAGUAAAAGCACAGCUCACUGAAGGAGUUUUGAAACUUGCCAAAUUUGUUUUAGGAGUUUAACUUUACGCUGGCGCUCUGGCACUUAGCUCAAUCGGCUAUUUUUCUUUAAUGUCUAUUAAAGAAGCGUGGCGCGGCUAGCCUAGAAUUUGCGCAGAACCGGAGAAAAUACACGGGAGUUUUGAUGCUGAAGGGACUCCCGAGAAAACGAGCUCUUGUAGGUGUAAACCUCUUCGCAGGCUGUUUUUUUUUUCUUUCUCUUGAUAUCCUAGUCACAAUUCGGUUUCAGAAGCUCGGUUUACUUUGUGUCUGGAGCACCGAUGAUGCAAGCACGCUACCCGGUGUCGGAUCCCAACGCUCUGGGGGUCGUGCCUUACCUGAGCGAGCAGAGCUACUACCGGACAGCCAGCAGUUAUGGUAACAUGCCCACUCCAAUGAGCGUGUAUUCGGGCCAUGAGCAGUACACUACCGGCAUGACAAGAUCCUAUGGACCUUACCAUCACCAGCAGACUGCUCCCAAGGACUUGGUUAAGCCUCCGUAUAGCUACAUCGCUCUGAUUACAAUGGCAAUCCAAAAUGCUCCCGAUAAGAAAAUCACACUCAAUGGAAUUUAUCAGUUUAUCAUGGAUCGCUUCCCUUUCUACCGUGAAAAUAAACAGGGCUGGCAGAACAGCAUACGUCACAACUUAUCCCUGAACGAGUGUUUCGUGAAAGUGCCCCGGGAUGAUAAAAAGCCUGGGAAAGGGAGCUAUUGGAGUUUGGACCCGGACUCGUACAACAUGUUCGAAAACGGCAGCUUUCUCAGGCGACGAAGGCGGUUCAAGAAAAAGGAUUCUGGCCGGGAGAAAGAUGAGCGCAGCACCCAGCCCAAGGAGCACGGCAAAAUCCAGGGUCCCGCCACGAAAGCCGAGGUGCCCUCUAAAGAGACCCCCGUGGAAAAGAAGAUAGUGAUCAAGAGCGAGGCCUCCUCUCCAGAUAUACCUGUCAUAACGAAAAUGGAGACCAUGAGCCCCGACGGCGGCAGCGUGAUGCAGGACAGCCCGAGAAGCAUGGCUUCCACCCCGUCCGUGUCCACCGAGAGCUCCAUACCGGACCACCACACGUCCAGCAGCGGCCUUUCGGGAUUCAGCGUUGAGAACAUCAUGACUUUAAGGUCCUCUCCCCAGGGGGACCUGAGCCCAGUGUCAUCGAGCAGGACCGGUAUGGUGCCCUCCCUCUCCCUCAGCUACCCUCAGACACAGUCCUCAAUUUAUAGCCAGGCUUGCACGCAAGGCAUGGAUUCUAACGCGGGAUACCAGUGUAGCAUGCGGGCCAUGAGCUUGUACACAGGUGAGCGCCAUGGACACAUGUGCGUGCCGGCUACUUUAGAGGAAGCCUCGGAUCAUCACAGCGGAGCGACUUCACCGCUGGGCUCCGUGAACCUCGCUGCCAACCAGGAGGGCGUCCUCGCCAACAGUCAUCACCAGCAGCCCGGCGUCGGCGGGCAGACAGCCUCGUGGUAUCUGAACCACGGAGGGGAUCUAAAUCACCUUUCGGGACACGGUUUUGGCAACCAGCAACAGACAUUCCCCAAUGUUCGGGAUAUGUUCAACCCCCAUCGGCUCGGAAUCGAGAGCUCAGCCCUCAGCGAACACCAGGUGAGCGGCAACCCGAGCUGUCAGAUCCCUUACAGAUCCGCUUCUUCCAUUUACCGGCACAACAGCCCAUACGCGUAUGACUGUACGAAGUAUUGAUUAAAGACCAAAACGUUUGGGUCCGUAUUGGGAAUCUCUAAACUGUGAACAAAAUCUGCACACAGGAAUUAUGGAAACUUCCAAUGAGUGGACACGCGUAAGAAAAAGAUUUAAACAAAUGUAUGUAGUGUGUUUUCUGGCGAGCGCACAUGUUUGCUCCAAGGAUAAGUACUUGAAUAAUAUGUUUUUACAGAGGGGAAUAUCUGUGACAGAAGUAAGUUAUGGACCAAAAGUGUGUCAAAGUGUUUUACAGUUCUGCAUUUAACAUCUUUGUGUGCCUUUCCUUUAACAAUGACUUCUUCCAUCUUAUUAUGUUUUCUGAGUCUCAAAUUACAAAUUGGAAUGAUACUGGCGUUAUUACCUUAUUUAAAGUUGAGUUCACUGGAUUUUGUUUUGUUUUUAAACAUAACCCAAAUUUAUUUUAGUUCCCGAUCUCGUCUGUUGCUUUUAUCCCCUAAAAUAUUUCUUCUUGUUAUGCUCAGUGUGUGGUUUUGUAAACCAAAUAACUAAUUUAUUUGUGAAUACGAAUUUACGAAUUUCCACCGAAUACACCUUUUUCCCCCUUUUUUCUCUCUGGUGUUUUUCAGUAUCCCAACCAUUCCUUUUCAUUUUUACAAGUGACAUUUGUAAAUACGUUGAAAAUAAAUAUUUUUCUUUUGCUUGAGAAAAUGUCCCCCUACCUUUUCCAACAAAAUGAAUUCAAAGAAAGAUAUACAAAACCAUUGUAGAUCAUGUUUAUAAAAGCGCCUGAAGGAGUUUGCUUGAAAAAAUUAAAGCAUUCGAUUUCUUCACAUGUUAUGGUAGACUAGAUGAAGUAGGUUUAUCUUCUACGAAUGAAAAAAAAUACAUUAAAAAGGAAAACGACGAUGUCAUUUUUCUCUAAAACGUUUAAUUUUGUAUGAAGCCUAUGCUUUGGAUUUUCAUUACACUGAAGAGAACUGUGAUGGACUGGUGUGUUUUCACACUGUCAGCCAAAGGCCACUAUGUUAAGUGUUUAUCUGGCAUAUAAUUUGAAUUUCUCUGACAUUCUAAGCAGAAGAUUUCCUAAUAAUACAACUUUCCAUGUUCAUCAGUAACAAUACAUAAAUAUUUUACAAUGUCAAUGUUAAAUAGAAGCAAUGAUAAGCCGGAAUCCUAAACUUAAAUAAUAACUAUAAUUUUAAGUCUUUAGAAAUAUAAUUGAAUUAAAACACGUACAAUGCACUUCUGCGUACUGUUAGGUCUUAAAAAUAAAGCCGACAGAAGAACGGAGUAUUGAUAAUCCUUUAAAAUUGUGAUCUGGGUUCUUCCAGCCUUUAACAAUUGAUGUACUAGAAUCCCAAAAGGUAAGUUAAGAUCACAAAACCCAAAAUAUAGAGUAUGUCAUUUUUUUAACAGCUAACUAUUGGAUAUAGUUUUACAACAAUUUGGGCACGUUAUUAAACUGUUUGGUAUAUAAUGCUUAACAACAAAUAAUAAUCAACUAAUAGCAAUAUGAUAAAACAUUAGCUUUUUUUUUAACCGAAGCUUUGCUUGAUGGUCUGUUUCUGUCGUAGCCUAAAAACAGACAUGGAAAACAUAUCGGAAAAGUACAUAUUAAACAUACAUGAAGAGGACAGAAACGCAACGUGAAUGUCUCCGAUGUCCGACUUUCUAUAGAUGUUAAAUAACAGGUUGCUUUUUAACGUUGACGCCUGUCGAAUAUUCUUUGUACUUCAGCAUUUUGUCAUUCAGGAUUUCAGGAUUAAACGGUCCAUGCUUUAUUCCCAGUCCCCUCAAAUUCCCACCUUAAUAACUGCUAAAUGUUAAUAAGGACAUUUACGUUGUGUCAAUACGCCACCUUCGUUUUUCACGUUUUUACAUUUUAUGUGCCCGAUUGUGUCAUCAGUUUUAUACAUUUAACGUGCACCUAUUAGAAACUCAAGAUGCGUUUCCCUUCAAGUCAUCAGUAACGUUCUAGCUGAAAUUUCGCAUUUACUCUCGUUUCCUCUGCAGACGUUUAAAAAUCGCUGUUCAAGAUACGAAAUGCAAAAAAAAAACAUUUCAGAGGAAACAUCACUGUAUCAUUAUCUCGAUCUUUAUUGUUUAUCGCUUUGUUUGCGAAAAGUAAAGAGGUGAAAGACCAAGAAAUAUUUUACGCUGCGACAAUCCAUCUUGCUUUGGCAGUAUCUGUUUUGCAGUUGCUCGGCAGAAGUCAGUUAGCCGUCUCCGGUUACAGACCUCUCUAACAAUUAACCCAAUCCUCAAGACAGCUGCUCAAAAGAUUUAUAGCUGUUAAAACGCCAGUUUUAAUAAAAACGUUUACUCGUUAUGCCACUGGCAUAGAAAAGCGACCAAGAAAAAAUCAAAACCCUUUUCGGGCACAUCUGAGCACCUCUGAGCCAGACACCCACAGAUGUGUGAUUUACAAAUGUCAUUAAAACGCCAUGCAGUUUCAUCAUUAAGCAAGGUAUUUGGCUUACAACGACGGUGCCCUUACCUAUAUUUGUGUGUUUGUACUUUUUAUAUGGGAAAGGUUCACAAUGUUCCCAUAAUACAAAAAUAAAUUAAUGAAUGUAUUCUUAUAUGUAACAUUACCUUUCUCUCUAUAUAUAAGCCUCCUAAUGAUGUCUGUAAAGUCACACUCUUCGCCAUGUCGAAAGUAGCCGGAAUAAACUGUUGGAACAUUUAGUUUACAACCUGAA